UCUUCUCUUAUUUGCUGAUACCCAUUACAAACAUCAAGACCAUGGCCAUCUUCACAAGUAUUCGGAGCGCAUGGCGACGCCUUCUUGACUGGUGUUGUACGUAUUGUCAGUCCAAUGAUCUGGAGCAAGAGAAAGGCUCUGAAGAUGACAAGUUAAGAGAGCUGGGCUAUGUACUUCAAGUAGCUCCCAUUCAGCCCACUCAGCCCAUUCAGCCAGGUCAGCCCACUCAGCCCAUUCAGCCAGGUCAACCCAUUCAGCUAGGUCAGCCAGGUCAGCCCACUCAGCCCAUUCAGCCAAGUCAACCCAUUCAGCCAGGUCAGCCAGGUCAGCCCAUUCAGCCAGGUCAGCCCACUCAGCCAGGUCAGGCCAUUCAGCCAGGUCAGGCCAUUCAGCCAGGUCAGCUCACUCAGCCAGGUCAGCCCAUUCAGCCAGGUCAGCUCACUCAGCCAGGUCAGACCAUUCAGCCAGGUCAGCCCACUCCGCCAGGUCAGACCAUUCAGCCAGGUCAGACCAUUCAGCCAGGUCAGACCAUUCAGCCAGGUCAGACCACUCAGCCAGGUCAGCCCACUCAGCCCAUUCAGCUAAGUCAACCCAUUCAGCCAGGUCAGCCCAUUCAGCCAGGUCAGCCCACUCCGCCAGGUCAACCCAUUCAGCCAGGUCAGCCCACUCAGCCCAUUCAGCCAAGUCAACCCAUUCAGCCAGGUCAGCCCAUUCAGCCAGGUCAGCCCACUCCGCCAGGUCAGCCCACUCAGCCAGGUCAGCCCACUCAGCCAGGUCAGCUCACUCAACCCACAUUGACAUCAUAUAGCAGUACAGCCCGGAGUGGUAAUGAGAACAGACGAACAGACGAAGGAGAAUCUGGUGCAGCCACACAGGCAGUGUCAGGCACUGCACUACAAGUGUCCCCCCUUUUUCUUCUUCUUCUUCUUCUUCUUCUUUUUUUUUCUUUCUUGCCCACAUGGUACGGGCAGAGAGCAACUAAGACCACGUGA